AAGGGACAUUUGUUGUGUCACACUUGCGGCAGAGAGAUUAUUCGACCGCAAGAAUUACAAGAACAUAUUGUUGAGGAUAGAAACACUGGAAAGUAUGUUUGUAACAAAUGUAAUAAACAAUCGUCUGGCUUCAUGAUAUUGGUUCAACAUUUGGCAAGGCAACAUGGUAAUGCUGGAAACUAUCAAUGUGCUUUAUGUCAAGAACUGGAAUCGACAGAACCAACUGGUGUUGGAUACGUUUGUUGUGUUUGCGAUGUUGUAUUUGAUUUUCCCAGAGACCUUGAAGAUCACAUGGUCACCCAUGACUCAAUCUGA